AUGAGUGCACCUCCAAAGAGUGAUGUUCCCAUUAUCACUCCUAACGAGCUUGUCGAGGCUGAUGCAUUCGUUUUCUGGGUUCCCGACAAGGUUUGGAAUGAUGGCAGCCCAAUUCAAAGCCUUUCUGGAUGCGACUGGAGGCCUGUGGAGAAUCUAGCAACUUGCAGGGAAGCCCGCUGGCAUCUUCUACAGCACCGAUUGGCGGAGAUCACUCAGCUUGUUCACCACGGGAUGAUCUUUGUGCCUAUUGGGUACACAUUUGGAGCCGACAUGUUUGAAAAGGAGAAAGAGAAAGCGGAAGCCCUUAUGGUGUUGGGACUUUUGCUUUGGACGGUCCACGCCAGCCAUCUGAGCAUGAAAACGAGCAGGCGUUUCACCAGGGAAAGUACAUUGCCACCAUUGCCAACAAACUCAAGGAAGCUGCUUGAUCUCUCCUAG